GGAAGUGAGACACCGGAAGCGGAAGUCCUCCCUUUCUUCUUGCCUCUGAGGCCGAAGUAACGCAGGGGAGACGAGAAUAAGCGGAGGUUGCGGCUUCCACCAUGAGCCUCCUCAAUAAGCCCAAGAGUGAGAUGACCCCAGAGGAACUGCAGAAGCGGGAGGAAGAGGAAUUUAACACAGGUCCACUCUCUGUGCUGACCCAGUCAGUCAAGAACAACACCCAGGUGCUUAUCAACUGCCGCAAUAACAAGAAACUUCUAGGCCGAGUGAAGGCCUUUGACAGGCAUUGCAACAUGGUGCUGGAAAACGUGAAGGAGAUGUGGACUGAGGUCCCCAAGAGCGGCAAGGGCAAGAAGAAGUCCAAGCCAGUCAACAAGGACCGCUACAUCUCCAAGAUGUUCCUGCGCGGGGACUCGGUCAUCGUGGUACUGCGGAACCCGCUCAUCGCUGGCAAGUAGCGGCCUCUUCCCUGCUGUCAGGACCUCCUCCCGCCCUGUGAAGACCUGCCCAUCAUGAGUGUACUGAUAAUAAAGUGCUAUGUGUUUUUUUUU